AUGGUUAUAGAUCCUGCAAUGGUGCUGGCGACAAUUCCACACGAUCGUCAAGUUCAUUUUUGGGCGAAAAACGACUUUUUCCAAAACAAAUGGGUUGGAAAGCUCUUCUCGUCCGCUGGUGUGGUACCAGUAGAUCGAACUACGCGUAAUAAUCAGUUGUUGUUUAAAGCUACUUUUGAGACGUUGGAAAAGGGUGGUCUUGUUGCUGUCUUUCCUGAAGGUACCUCUGCGACGCUGCCACAUUUAUUGCCGAUAAAAGAUGGUGCAUCUUGGGCGGCAUUGGAAUUUGCUCAUAAACUAUCUCAAGAAGGCAAACUAAAAGAAGAAAGCGGUGGUGCAGAAACGGCAGUAAUUAUUCCGGUCGGUAUUACUUAUACGGAUAAGUCACGGUUUAGAAGUGACGUAAUUGUGAGAUAUGGGGAUCCAAUAACCGUAGACUCAUUAUUAUACGAAUUUGAAAAAGAUCCUAGAGCUACUGUUAAAAAAUUAACCGGGGAAAUUGAAAAAGCGCUUUACGCAUUAACUAUUAACGCGCCUGAUUGGGAUAUAUUAAAUGCAGCUAAGCUGGCACGAAUAAUAUUAUUCUGCGACAAGGAUCCACCAUAUAAAUUGCAAGAUUAUGUAAAAGUUUCUCAAAGCUUUAUAAAUUUUUUCAAAAAUCCGUCGGAUGCCGAAUCACCACAACAUAAUACCAUUAAAAGACUUCAAAAAGAUCUUUUAACAUAUAAUGACCAAUUGCAACAGCUAAAUCUCACCGAUUUUGAAAUAUGUAAAUAUUCAAAAGACCGAAUCACCCCUGUAUCAGCAUUAACCAGCUUAACCGGACAAUUUUUGAGUUUAUUCCUACAAGCACCUUUCUUUUUACCUGGCUUAAUAAUCCAUCUCCCGGUCUACGCACUCGGGAAAUUAGUUGCAUUACGAGAGAAAUACGAGGAAUCUCGAUCACAAGAUAAAGUGUUCAUUGCACUUGCGCUUCUCCCACUACUCUAUAGUUUGCUGUUCUAUAACUUAUGGUCAUGGACCGGUUUCAGUUUACGUGGAUUCUGGGCAACUACUAUCAUAAUACCGACAAUUUUAUUUUAUCAUUAUUAUUUGUUGGAUGAAAGAUAUGCGAUGUUCAAAAAGUUCAUAAAGAGUUGGCGGAUAUUUAAAGUUGUUGUGUUGCUGAAAUUGAUGAGAUACGGAAAACGAGAUUCUUCUAAUUUCUCGCCUAAUCAAAUUGACGAAAUGGUUAAGCUACGAGAACGAUGUUUCGUCAUUCUUAAAAACAUCUUUUUACGCAAGACUAUUAGUAAUGGGAAUGUUAUUAAUGGAGUUAGUAAAAGUGUAUCACAGCAUGAAUACUAUAACAGCAGCAAUAGUAGUACAAGAUCUUUUGAGUAUCAUCAGCCGCAGCAAAUACAGCAGCCACAGUCACAGCCACAAAAAAAUGAAAAUCAUCAAUUACAUCACCAGUUCUCGCAGCAACAGCAGCAUUUACCGCCACCAACACCAACAUCAACAUCUGUUACAUUACCUUCGAUAAGAGAAUUAAUAACGUCUGAUCAAAGUAGUAAUAAUACUACAACGGUUCCAACAAGAUCUCUUUCAUUAUCGUCGCAAUUUUCACCUGCUGCACCUCCUCUUGUUCCGCUUUCUGCCACUACGGAAUCGCCAUCUACGUCAUCUUCAAUUCAUUUGCCUGCUGCUGUAGAUAAUUUUUCCACCGCCUCUUCGUCAUCUAACCAUCAUUAUCCAUAUUCGCACAAUACCAAUGUUAAUAAGAAUGGUAAUAGUAGCAACUCUGAAACUAGAUCGUCAUCAUUCAAUCAUCACAUGCAAGAACAAAUGAAUUAUACAAGGGGUGGAGACAUAAUUGAUCAUCAUAAUUCAUCAUUAUCAAAUUUAAUGACUGAUAUGACGAUGACUCGCCGUGAGUCAUUAUCACAUGCUAUUUCAAGUAGGAAUGAUUCAUUAAAUAAUAACAAUUACAGUUACAAUUAUCAUCAGCCGCAGCAGUAUUAUCAGUCAGUAUUAAAUUCAUCAACACCGCAUCAACAAAAACAUCAAAAAUCGGCAUAUUCGUAUCCUUUAUUAAGCACAACUCAACAAAAACCACAACCAUCUCUGCAGAAUUACUCGAUUGCUACUGCUAAUCAACCAUCACCACAUCAUCAUCAUGAAAACCCUGAAUCACUAACUUCACGACGUCAACCACAUGCACAAUAUUUUGAGACACCAUCAACGUCAGUGCCAGUAUCGAAUUCCAAUAAUAGUUAUCAUCAACAAUCAACUAAUAAUGAUUAUCUUCAAUAUAGCCGCAAUCACCAUCAUCAGCAACAACCACAACAGGUUCAUCUUCCAAAUGGGUCUCCUCUCCUUAACGCUGCUCAUAGUCAUCAUGCGCAAUCAUUGUUGUCGUCGCCCGAAAUGGGUUCUCCUAAAUCAAGAAAACGAGCACGCGUAUCAUCGACGAAACACAAGCAGUCGAUGUUGAUGACUGAAUAUCAGCAGCAGCAACAAGAAAAAGAAUCAUAUCCGCCAUAUAUUACUUCUAUUCCAAUGAAAGAUUAUGACAAUAACGAGGAGGAGGAAGAGCUACGAAGAAAACAAAAUCAGGUGAUGAAAAUGGAAGAAUCACCUCCACCUUCACCCACGAAAAAUGUGAGCUACAAUCGAUUUGAGAUCAAAAAUCAGGAUGAUAUCGAUAAUAAUAACAACAGUAGUAGUAAUAAGGCUAUUGGAUUUUCUCAGCCUGAAAUUGAUGCCGUUAACGUGAUUCAAAAUCUAAAGAUUCAAAAUCUCAAGCUGGACCAUCCAAUCAGCAGUAAUAAUAAUGAUCAUAAUUGCACGUCCUUUUCUUCUACAGUCGAGGAUAAAAGUAAACGACGACGAAACAAGAUAAAACCUGUGAACACAGAAAUUGCUAAGAAUGACUUCAAGCAAGAAGAGAAAGUCGACAACAAAAUCCAAUUCGUCGAGUCACCGCAGGCAAUUUCAUUUCCCCCUUCAAUUUCUGAGAAAGAACAAGCGACCCUCGAGAUUUUACAAUCGAUGUUGAAUACGAGGCGUGCUAGUACUGAAAAUACUGCUGUCACUACCAGAACUUCUGUGUCUUCGUCAUCAACGUCAGCCACUAGCAUUUCAGGAUCAAUAUCAGUAACUAAUGAAAACGUAAUCAGUAAUAAAACGAGCAGUAAGGCGAAUAAAGUUGAUGACACUGUUGAUGAUAGUAAGAAAAAGAAGUCGAUAAAUAUUGAUCUUCCGAUUUCUCGACCUCCAAAUAGUAAAGAAAGUAACGACAAAAUCAGCACUACCAAUAGUAUUGAGAGUAUUCUCGUUGCUGCUGAAAUUGUGGACCCGAAAAUCGAUGCUGCAGCUACUGCUAAUAUCGAAAAUUCUGAUGAUGAUUUGGCAAUGGAUGACGGGUCUGAAGACGAGACAAGUGAAGUGAAACAUAAGGAAUCAAUUCGUCCAGUUUCGUCUACUAAUAAUACUGCUACUGCUGUUACUGUUGCUUCAUCUUCGACCUCUUCACAUCUUAAAGAAUCUUUGUAUCACAAAGAAACACACCAACAACAGGAACCAGAACUUAAAUCGCCGCCUACAAAAACGCCGCAGCCAAAAAUC